AUGACCGGCUCCCUGCUGCGCGGCCUGCGGCUGCGCCCCGCCCGUCCGCUCCUUCUGCCUCUCCUAGCGUCAGGGGGACUGUGGAGGCAGCCCCGGAUGGCAUACAGCACCAAGGAAGACAGCACUGCAAGACCUGUUGGGCGGUACCCAGUACCUAAUAAGAAAGACAUGCCGUAUGACAUCGUGGACCUAAUGGAGGAAGUAGAAAUGAAGACUGGAUUUCUGCCCAAUGUGUUCAAAGCCAUGUCUCACCGACCUGCUGAAUUCAGAGCUUUUUUUGCUUAUUACAACGCCAUUAUGAACAAAGACACAGGGCGACUCAGCAAGGCGGACAAAGAGCUCAUAAUUGUGGCUACAAGUGUUGUGAAUAGAUGUCCCUACUGUGUGGUUGCACAUGGAGCACUUCAUCGGAUAUAUUCCAAGCAGCCAGCGCUGGCUGACCAGGUCAUUGUGAACUGGAAACUGGCUGACUUGAGUGACCGGGACCUGGCAAUGCUGGAGUUUGCUCUUGCAGUCUGUCGAGCUGAUAACAUCACUGAAGAGCAUUUCCAGAAGCUGGAGAGGCAUGGUUUUGACCGUGAAGACGCCUGGGACAUAGGCAUGAUUUCUGCUUUUUUUGCUAUGUCUAAUCGCAUAGCUCAUUAUAUUGACCUGCGCCCAAACAAGGAAUUCUACACCAUGGGCAGGACCCUCAGUGGAGGGAAGGAGGAGGAAGCUGAGCAUGCCUGACACGCCUCUCUGACGCCGAUGCAUCUGAAAGAUUGAUCAAGCUCUUAAUUCUCAAGCUAGCGUGGCUUGUUUCUGAAUGUGUAAAAGGGUUAUAAAGUUAAUGCCAGAUUGUAGCCACAAGGGAUGGUGGGCUUCCCUUUUCCGUUUGGGCUGAUUCCAGUGUUUCUGCACUCCUGGGAUAGCUGCAAGAGUGUAGCUUUGGUCCUAGCACUGCCGUGCAGGUAACAAGCUGUUCCACGGC